CUCCUUGAAAGGCAGAAAUUAUUAUUAUUUUUUUAAAAAAAAAGAAAAAAAGAAAAAUGGAAUAAAGAGAGGACGGAGAAGAGAAAGACGCGUUGCAAGUAGGAAAAAGCCAUGAGUGGCUGAGCCAGGGACGGAGCAGCCGGAAAAUCAAACUAAAAAAAGGAAAUGAAGCUGCCGACGGCUGUACUGGUGGCGGCGGCGGCGGCGGCGGCCUGGUGUUUGUGUAGCAGCAGUUCCAUAGAACUGACGAUCUUGAGAUCGGAAGAUGGCUUGAAUGCGACAGUACCUGCUCCCAAACCUUCCAUGGUUCCUCUCACUCUUAUUCAAGCAGCUGCUUCAAAAGGAGCUGUUUGUUUGGAUGGGACGUUGCCUGGUUACCAUUUAGAUCGUGGGAACGGAUCAGGUGCCAAUAGUUGGCUCAUUCAAUUGGAGGGAGGGGGAUGGUGUAAUACCAUCAGAAAUUGUGUUUACCGGAAAACAACACGUCGUGGUUCAUCAAUCUAUAUGGAGAAGCAGCUACCAUUCACAGGAAUACUAAGCAAUAAAUUCGAAGAAAAUCCAGAUUUUUUCAACUGGAACAGGGUCAAGCUCCGUUACUGUGAUGGCGCAUCGUUCAGUGGGGACAAUCAAAAUGAGGCUGCUGAACUUAGUUUUCGAGGACAAAAGAUCUGGUUAGCUGGUAUGGAGGAAUUAAUGUUAGAGGGCAUGCAGACUGCUAACCAGGCUCUUCUUUCUGGAUGCUCUGCGGGGGGCCUAGCAUCCAUACUACACUGUGAUGAGUUUCGCAAUAUGUUUCCGCGAACCACUAAAGUGAAAUGCCUGAGUGAUGCUGGAUUAUUCCUUGAUGCAGUUGAUGUAUCUGGCGGGCGCGCUCUGAGGAAUUUGUUUGAAGGUGUAAUUAGCUUACAGGAAGUGCAAAAGAAUCUGCCAGCUUCUUGUACCAGCCACCUUGAUUCAACUUCGUGCUUUUUCCCUCAGAAUUUGAUUGCAAAUGUCAAGACCCCACUUUUUAUUCUGAAUGCAGCAUAUGAUGCAUGGCAGAAAACGCAAUCGAGAGUGACAAUGAUAACUCAGCAGCAGGGGAGCGGUGCAGCAGAGUAAUAUUGCUGGUGGCACAGAUACAGCGGCAUGAAGGUGGUGUGUGACCUCAACCUACUCUCAAGUUCAUCAUUGUCACCCUCUCCAUCUGAGCCACUUGGAAAGAAGAUAUUAGACCUCAAGCUUUUGCCAGAAAAAAUGGGGUUGCUGCCAGCCAAUUUGAGAUCACCGCCUGUAGUUGUUUCAGACGAGAAAGGAAAAAGACAAAUGAGAUGGGAUCCCAAAGACGGAUGAAAACCACAUUUUGUGGUUUUCAAAAUUGUGGCAUGUUGCGGCAGAACAUUUUUUUUAGAGAUUGAAAAUGAAGCCGAACAAGUUGCUUUCAAAAUCACGUGACAGCCAACACAGAAAACUGGCAACAACAUGGAUCCCAAACAGUCUGUUAAUUUUUGGAUAUGUUGCUUCUUAGUUGCCAACAUUUUGAUUCAUAUAGCAUGGUCUUAUAGCCAUCACAACUUUCCUUUUAGUUUUAGCGGUAUUAUACAAUGGCUCAACAUGCUUGAAGCUCUUCUCAUUUUACAC